ACCAGUGAGAAGCACAGAGAGACAAGUGGGUGGGCACAAGCACUGCUGUUUGGAGAGGCUCAGGCCAGAAGAGAAAUCAAACUAGGACAACUGAAGCCAAACACAGCAAGCAUCAUGGCUGGGAAGAAAAGAAGGCAGAACUCCUCUAAGCCUAGGAAGCAGGCAGUGUCCCGGUCCACAAGAGCAGAGCUGCAGUUUCCCGUCAGCCGUGUGGAGCGUUACCUGAGAGAGGGUGGCUAUGCCCAGCGCCUGGGCUCGUCCACACCAGUGUUCCUUGCUGGCGUUCUCGAGUACCUGACAGCCAACAUCCUGGACCUGGCUGGCAAGGAGGCCGAGGGCAACUGCAAGAAGCGCAUCACCCCACAGCACCUGGAGACAGUGAUGGAGAACAACCAGCAGCUCCGUGCCCUUUUCCAGGGUGACACCAAGUCUCUGCUUGAUGAGACGUCCCAACUCAAGAAGAAGUGUUGAGGCCUGAGUCCCAGAGCAUGGCAAGACCUUAUCCUCCUCCUCAACCAGCCCUCAAAACACCCACAGAUGAGAGAGCCAUUGCUCUUACCAUCAGUCUUGCCAAUAAAGUGAUUAAACCAAU